UUCUCCGUUUAGCGUCACUGUCAUGACAACAAGACGAUGGCUCCAAGCGAGAAGAUGAGAAAUGUGAUGUUUGCGUGAAGAAGGAGUAACAAACUAGGAGUAACCCUUCAGUAAAGUUGGAGGCGCCAUGUCUCUUUUCAAAGCCCGUGACUGGUGGUCAGCUGCUCUUGGUGAGGGAGAGGAAUUUGACCAGGGAUGCCUGUGUGUCGGAGAUGUGGACAAUAGUGGUACAGGACAUGACAAGAUUGUUGUGGGCAGCUACAUGGGGAUGCUGCGGAUUUUCUCCCCAAAUGCCAAUAAGCUGAGUGAUGGUGGCACGGCCGAUGCACAGCUCCUUGAAGUUCAACUUCAAAAUGCCAUUAUUCAGGUGGAAGUUGGGAAGUUUGUCUCGUGUUCAGACCUCCUUCAUCUGGCUGUUCUUCACCCAAGGAAGCUGUCAGUUUACACUGCAACAGGUACUUCGGGUAAUGUGGAACAUGGAGAUCAGUACCAGCUGAAGUUAGUGUAUGAGCAUAACCUGCAAAGAACAGCCUGCAACAUGACGUAUGGCACGUUUGGAGGAGUCACAGGUCACCAUUCCUUGUGCAUCCAGUCUAUGGAUGGGAUGCUGAUGUUCUUUGAGCAGGACAGCUACUCUUUUGGCAGGUUCCUUCCUGGCUUUCUGCUGCCCGGUCCACUAGUCUACAAUCCCAGAACCGACAGCUUCCUCACCGUGUCUUCUGCACGCCAGCUUGAAGGCUACAAGUAUGAGACUCUGGCCGUCGCUACAGAUGCAGAGAGUCGACAGGAUUCUGAUUUACUCCCUAAAACUGGGGGCAAGAGGCUGACGCCUGACUGGACAUUUGUUCUGGGAGAACAGGCCCUGGACAUAUCAGUACCCUCAUUCUCCCAUUCCUCUUCCUCCAUCCUUGUGCUGGGCGAGAGGAACCUCUUCUGUCUCCGAGAUAACGGACAGAUACGCUUCAUGAAGAAACUAGAAUUUAAUCCCAGCUGUUUCCUACCCUAUAUCUCGGUGAAAGAUGGCACCACAAACCUGCUGCUUGGUAACCACAACAACAUGCUGCUGGUCUACCAGGACGUCACGCUGAAGUGGGCAGCCCAGCUUCCCCUUGUCCCCGUGGCUGUUCGUGUCGCCAAUCUCCCGGAGCUGAAGGGUGUUGUGGUCAGUCUGAGCUCAGACGGACAUCUUUUGUGCUCGUACAUGGGUACAGACCCCUCCUUUUUCUCUACUCCAAAAGUAGAUGCCAGGGAGGCUGAUUAUGAGCAGAUUGAUGCCGAGAUGAAGAAACUGCAGAAGUUCAUUAGAGAGGCUACAAGGACUCAAGAUAUACUCCCCAAAUCUGAUGCUGUGGAUGACCUGUCUGUCAAGACGACUGUGUCUUCAUGCCUCGACACACCAUCGCAAGCUCUAAUCCAAGACAUUGACGGUCUGCCUGUACCCUCAGUUACUGUACAGGUGAAGGUGAAGGCCAACUCUGUCCUACAGUCUGCUAAGCUGUCCGUUUGUGUCCAGCCCCCCCUGGCUGUCACUCAGGACCAGUUUGUUUUGGAGUCAAUGGGUGUUGGUUCAACCAAAGAAGUGGCUUUUUCAGCUUUCCUCAAUGGCCAAUACCCCCCUGCUGAUCUGACCGGAGAUAUUGUCGUGUCCUAUAGUGCGCCAACAGAGCUUAAUCCAAAAGGGGUUCCCAGGGUUCUCCAGUCCAGGUUCAGUCUUCCUCUGGCUCUGGUGUGUGUACCUUCAUCUCCAGCCAAAAACACCAAGUUUAAGAUCACUGUGGACACCAACCAGCCACCAGUUGAUAUCAGCUCUAUCUUCAGAGAGUUUUCAACAAAAACAGAAGAUAAGGAUGGGAACAGUUUGGCUUUUCAGUUUCUAUCAGGAGCCAAAGUCACUGUGCUGGCCUCUAAGACCUCCCAGCGUUACCGCAUUCAGAGCGACAGUUUUGAGGACAUGUGGUUGGUGGUGAAGGAACUCGUUCAAAGGUUUGAUCAACAUUUCUCCAAAUUGGGAAUCAAAGACUUCAAGAAAAGCUUUAGCGGUCCUAUGCCACUUCAAGAAUACUUCCUGUCUGUGGACAAUCACUUUCAGCUGCGUGUCAGUGCUCAGCAGUAUCAGGAUCUGCUGUCAGAGCGAGCUGUCCAGUUCAGAGCUAUCCAGAGGCGACUGCUGACUCGAUUCAAAGACAAGACCCCGGCACCUCUCCAGAACCUGGACAAACUGCUGGACGCCACUUACAACCAGGUCAUUGCUUUGGCCGAGGCUGCAGAGGAGAACCGGGCGCUCCUGGAGCAGGCUUUCGUCCGUCUGCGGAGCUCCACUCACCUGCUGGUGCUGCUGCUGUCCCUGUGGCAGGGCCUGACCCCCGACCAGACUGCCAUUCUGGAGGCCACCUUGCUGCCGCUGCUGCAGGACACGCCGCAGCUGGGCUGGGAGGAGAGCUGUGAUGCGGCAGUCUCCCACCUUCUCCGGAGCUGCUUGUCGCGAAGCCCCAAGGACCAGGCCACUUCUCUGGCUCAGGCAGGCGGCCCCGUGCUGGGCCUUCCCCAAGACACCAACCGCCUCAAGAAACACAUAGCCCUGCUCUGUGAUCGCAUCGGGAAGGGAGGCCGGCUCACCCUGGCCUCUGAAGCUAAUGUCCAGAUCCCUGCACAGAUUCAGAAUCUUGCUGCUCCAGGAGGUGUUGAGCCAAUAGCAGAGGUUUCUGGUGAUGGGGAGGAUCUGGAACCUCCACAAGAAAUGACCAAAUUCAUCAAGAAGAAACUAUCGAAGAAAGUCAAGAAAGAAAAAGAGAAGAAAGAAGUUUCCAGAGAGCCAUCUGAGGCUGAUGUGAAAGAGGAAGCAGGGGUUCCAGAGGAGACCCUCAAGGAGGUGAAAAGGGAGAAAAAGGAAUCAACAAAAGACAAAAAAGAGUCAAAGAAGGAUUCCAGCAAGGAGCCCAAGGAUGACACGAAGAAGAAAGAGUCAUCUUCUUCCAAAGAAAAAAAAGAGAAGAAGGAGAAGGACAAAGAGAAAGAAGGAAAGGAGUCUGGGGACAGAAAAGUGUCCAGGAAGUCCUCUUUAAAAGUAAAAGAGAAGAAGAAAGACCCGGAAGCCGCAGAGGGCUGAUGGAAGCAAUGCAAUAUGUUACCUUUAUAUGCAUUUAAAAAUGUAAAGUUCAUCUUCCACACAUAUACUGUUUACAUGUCAACAUAAACAGGGUAAUCUAACAGAAAUAUGUCCAUUUAUACGGUUUACAUAUGCAUUUAGUUGUAAAUAUUCUCUGUUAGGGUUACAUUUCUCGGUGGAAAAACCAUUUCCUCCCAGAUGUUUUUACACAACCGCGCUGAUCCGCUGCUCUUCUGCUGAAUCCGCAACAUAUAGCCGUUCAGCCAGUGUGUUUUCCAACUGUGGUGAGCUCGGAGCCGACGAGGGGUGAGGAUGAACGCAAUCUCCUCCUCCUUCUCGUCGUUGUCUCCGUCUUGCCUCAGCAGCAUUUGAACCCGCACCACUAAUUUCAGCAAGGGCCCCAAACCAGCUCACACCCACACACACUUCGAGGGUUCACCGGAGCCCUCGCCGCCUUUCCACCAGGAAUAAAUAUCGCCUGGCUCGUCCAGCCGCCCCACUGCUUCCGGGUAAAUCAAGGCUACAUCCCACAGCCACCGCUGCUGCAGCCACCCCCGUCUGACCUUCACCGCUUUUUUAAGCUUGGUUCACUCAAGAAGGACGCGUGCUGACGUAUGGACACGUACUUGUCCCCUUGGAGUUCCGACCUUUGCUCAUCUGUGGUUUAGAAGCAAAGAGUGCUGUGUUUUAAGCCAUGUGGAAAAAAAAACUCACAUUAGUACAACAAAACAAACACUUUUACUGCUAUUAUUUCAUUUCACGGCCAAUUAGACAAACAUAGCUUGAAAGUUUCCUUAAAGGAUUCAAACACUACAUUUAAGAAGCAUGUUUCAUAAAAGACAAUUGUAUCUUGUCUAUUUGGUAGUGAUUUUCACAUUAUUAUGAAAUUAAGACACAUUCUAAUCAUGUCUACAUGUCCGCACAACCUUGGAUGCAAGUUUUAGAAAAGCUGCUUUUUUCCCAUUUUGAUGCAUGCUCACAAGCACAUUUGUAAAUUUUUUUGUCAUCCAAGUAGAUUUUAAGACUUUAAGAGUUUUAGGUGUAUUUCUGCCAGAAUUAACAUUUGUAGACUCCUGCCAUUGUUGCUGUGCCAGCAGCUCUGCGUUACUCUAAGUCCACAUUAAGCAUGUCUGUGGGUCCAGUUUAAGCUGUUUUCUUGUCCGGGACACUUAUUUUUAUUUUUAGCUUGUAUUGUGAAACAGAUGGCUGUUUGAAAUGUUGGUCUCAGCCUCUGUUGUCUGAGUAAAGCCCUCAUGCCCUCCUGUUUGAAUAUAGUUCCCCCUCCAUUUUUUAAAAAAUGUAGAUAUUUGAUUAUUUCACACAUGUUUAAGUGUAAAAGUUGAAAUAGCGCCAUCUUGUCUUUGCCAAGGAAGACUGUUAGAAAUCUUGGUGUUUUUGUAAAGUAUCCACUGGAUACUAUGCACUAUAAGUUCCAGUUUCAUAUCAGUCUGGACGUGUGAAAUGUUUGAAAUGUAGAGCAGGUUUUGGUUCACAUCCAUCAGGCUUUUGUUUAUCCCAGAAGACGUUUCUGUAAAAACUUUGCUAACUGUGAAGCCUGUAGUUAAAAUCCCCAAACAUGAGAAUAAAGUAAGCUUAUUUAUGAUUA